CCGGCCGUCUCUUUCAGCGUCGAUUUUUCUGAGUUCACAUCAUCAGUGAAGCUUUUCCCACUGCAAUUAUCCAAUAAAUGCUGUAAAUUUCCAUCAGCUACAAGUGAAGACUUGCUGAAAUCUGCAAAGACUGAGUUCAUUAAAGAGGACAGUGAGAACAUGAGUGAUCCAGAACCCUGCAGAAUGAAACACACUGAAGAUCCUGAAGAACAAAGAGACCUGAUGGAAGUGAAGGAGGAGAGAGAAGAACUGAUGGAAGUGAAGGAGGAACAUCAUGUCAAACUUGGAGAAAAACCUUUGAGUCGCUCAAAGACUAAAAAUAACUUUUCAAAGAAAAGACAAGACAAGAAAUCUUUCACAUGCGCUCAGUGUGGAAAGAGUUUCACUUACAAACGUGAUCUUAAUGUUCACAUCAGAGUUCACACCGGAGAAAAACCAUUCAUGUGUGAACAGUGUGGAAAGAGAUUCUCAGACAAAUUUUAUUUGAAGAUUCACGCGAGAGUUCAUUCAGGAGAGAAGCCGUUCACAUGUGAUCAAUGUGGGAGGAGUUUCAGUCGAUCCACGUACCUUAAGAUCCACACCAGGAUCCACACCGGAGAGAAGCCGUUCACAUGCAAACAAUGUGGGAAUAGUUUCAGUCAAUUGUCAUCCCUUAAUGUCCACAUGAGGAUCCACACUGGAGAGAAGCCGUUCACGUGCAAACAAUGUGGGAAUAGCUUCAGUCGAUUAUCAUCCCUUAAUGCUCAUAUGACGAUCCACGGUGGAGAGAAGCCGUUCUCAUGUGAUCAGUGCGGCAAGACCUUUUUUGCGUCAUCACACCUGAAGAGACACCUGACGGUUCAUAUGAAGGAGAAGCCACAUUCAUGUUCUGUGUGUGGAAAGAGUUUUUCACUGCGGUGUACUUUACUAGUACAUCAGAGAAUUCAUACUGGUGUGAGAGAGUACGUGUGCUUUGAGUGUGGGAAGACUUUUGCAACAGGGAGAGAAUUAAAACGACACCAGAGAAUUCACACUGGAGAAAAACCUUACAAGUGUUCACACUGCGACAAGAGUUUCAGUAUGUCUUCACAUCUGAAAACACACAAGAUGAUCCACACUGGAGAAAAACCUUACAAAUGUUCACACUGUGACAAGAGAUUCAAUCAGUCAUCAGGUCUGAAAACACAUGAGAAGAUCCACAGUGGAGAGAAACCUUACAAGUGUUCAAACUGCGACAAGGGAUUCACUCUGUCAGAAAAUCUGAAAACACAUGAGAGGAUCCACACUGGAGAGAAACCUUACAAGUGUUCACACUGCGACAAGCGAUUUCGUCUUUUCACAUUCAAACAUGAUCUUAAUGUUCACAUCAGAGUUCACACUGGAGAGAAGCCGUUCACAUGUGAUCAGUGCGAAAAAACCUUCCUUGGGUUUUCCCAGCUGUGUAGUUUACAAGUACAUCAAAAAAUUCAUACUGGUGUAGGAGUUCAUAUGUGCUUUGAGUGUGGGAAGACUUUUACUACAGGGAGAGAAUUAAAACGACACCAGAGAAUUCACACUGGAGAAAAACCUUACAAUUGUUCACACUGUGACAAGAGAUUCUGUCAGUCAUCAAAUCUGAAAACACAUGAGCUAAUCCACACUGGAGAAAAACCUUACAAGUGUUCACACUGUGACAAAAGAUUCAAUCUGUCAUCAACUCUGAGAAAACACAAGACAAUCCACACUGGAGAAAAACCUUACGAGUGUUCACACUGUGACAAGAGAUUCCGUCUGUCCGCAAUUCUGAAAACACAUGAGAAGAUCCACACUGGAGAAACACCUUACAAGUGUUCACACUGUGACAAGAGAUUCUGGCAGUCAUCAAAUCUGAAAACACAUGAGAGGAUCCACUCUGCAGAAAAACCUUACAAGUGUUCACACUGCGACAAGAGAUUCAAUCAGUCAUCAUAUCUGAAAAAACAUGAGAGGAUCCACACUGGAGAAAAACCUUACAAGUGUUCACACUGCGACAAGAGAUUCAGUGCGUCAUCAUCUCUGAAAAUACAUGAGAUGAUCCACACUGGAGAAAAACCUUACAAGUGUUCACACUGUGACAAGAGAUUCAAUCAGUCAUCAGGUCUAAAAAAACAUGAGAGGAUCCACACUGGAGAAAAACCUUACAAGUGUUCACACUGUGACAAGAGAUUCAGUCGGCCAUCAAAUCUGAAAACUCAUAAGAGGGUCCACACUGGAGAGAAACCCUACAAGUGUGAUCAGUGUGGGAAGAGUUUCUCUUUUAACCAUCACCUGAAGCUACACAUGAAGAUCCAUGCAGUGGAGAAACCCCAUCAACACAGUCUGAGAUCAUAGUAAGUAGUAGGGCUGCACAAUAUAUAAUUUCAGCAUCGAUAACAAUGUCGAUAAUUAAUUUCAGCAUCGAUUAUGUGCGCAUCCACGAUAGUCAUAUCGCAAGAUGUGCAAUAGGUAUCAUAAUUGAUCCGUGAUUCAUGAUCCGUACAGGUCAGCUGCUUUCUGGCCCAGAAAACAUUAAAGAUUAAUUGCAAAGUUUAACCAUCAUAUCGUGAAAGUUAUUUAAUUUGCAUGUGUUUUUAAGUGUAGCUACGCAAAGUUCAGAUCAGAUUUUUGUCCCACCAAACUAAAGCCUUUUUGAUCGUGAGUGGUGUAGAAUAGAAUGACUGCCCCGGCUGCACGUUCGCUCUCAUUGUCUUUAAACAACACGAGCGAUGUCUUGCUCUCUCUCACUCACGAUCAUACAUAUUAAUCAACAUCAAUUGAAGCAAUAUUCAAAGGUCGAAAGACUGAAGGUUCAUAUGGAGCAUUCUCUCCUGAAUUACUGUGGGGGGUGAAUUGCGCAAAAAAAAAAAAAAACGACAACUUUGCCUCAUAUAUAUCUAAAAAGCGUUCCGCACAUUCAGCUGACCUAAACCACAAUUUCAAUUAAACG